UGACGUAGGACCGCGCUUCCGCAUUGGGGAGCCCGCCGCGGAUCCCGGGAAGCGGAGACCGGGGGUCCCGGCAGCGGGGCGGCCCGCGGGCCCACGGCGGGGAUGCACCGCCGCGGGGUGGGAGCCGGCGCCAUCGCCAAGAAGAAGCUUGCCGAGGCCAAGUAUAAGGAGCGGGGGACUGUCUUGGCUGAGGACCAACUGGCCCAGAUGUCGAAGCAGUUGGACAUGUUCAAGACCCACCUGGAGGAGUUCGCCAGCAAGCACAAACAGGAGAUCCGGAAGAACCCCGAGUUCCGGGUGCAGUUCCAGGACAUGUGUGCCACCAUCGGGGUGGACCCGCUGGCCUCUGGAAAAGGCUUUUGGUCUGAAAUGCUAGGCGUGGGAGACUUCUACUACGAGCUGGGCGUCCAGAUUAUUGAAGUGUGCCUGGCCCUGAAGCACCGGAACGGAGGUCUGAUAACUCUGGAGGAGCUACAUCAACAGGUGUUAAAAGGAAGGGGCAAAUUCGCCCAGGAUGUCAGCCAAGACGACCUGAUCAGGGCCAUCAAGAAACUAAAGGCACUUGGCACUGGCUUCGGCAUCAUCCCCGUGGGCGGCACUUACCUCAUUCAGUCCGUUCCAGCUGAACUCAAUAUGGAUCACACCGUGGUGCUGCAGCUGGCCGAGAAAAGCGGCUACGUGACCGUCAGCGACAUCAAAGCCAGUCUUAACUGGGAGACAGAAAGAGCGCGGCAAGUGCUGGAACACCUGCUGAAGGAAGGGCUGGCCUGGCUGGACCUGCAGGCCCCAGGGGAGGCCCACUACUGGCUGCCCGCCCUCUUCACUGACCUCUACUCCCAGGAGAUCACAGCUGAGGAGGCCCGAGAAGCCCUCCCCUGACCCAGGGGUGCGGAAGCAGCGGCAGCAGCAGGCAGAGAGAAGAGGGAGGACCUGAUGGUGAAUAAAAACUGGACAACUUUGUUUAAAAAAAACCAAAAACCCACAGAAAAGAUGUUCCAAGUUUUUUUCUUCCCCCAAUUUUCUUCACUUAUUACUUUAUUUCUUUUUAAAGUGCCUUCACAUUGCA